AUGUAUCGACAAUUCAGAUUUUUCCAUGGACCUCGACCAUACACGAAUUUGAGACCUUUGAUAAUUCCCCGUCUUCUAUCUUCACAAAUCGAUCCAAGGAUCAGGAUCAGGAUCUUGGGAAAGAACGAAUACCUUUCGAGAUUAAGACGAUACGAUAUCAAGGGAAGUUUAAGAUAUAUCAAUAGGAAUUAUUCAUCUGAUAAUUCGACAUGUCCUAAUUGUCCUCAUACCCCUUUACCUUCUAAAUCUUCCAACUCCCCUCAUAUCCCCUCUCUCUCUUCCUCUUCAUCCAAUCUUAAUUCAUCUCACUCUUCUUCCGAUCCCCAUUCUUCGAAACCUUCAGGAAUAUCUUCAUUAACUCCCUCACCUUCCCAUGAACGUCCUCCCAGAAUUCGAGAUCACGCACAAGAUUACGUACCCUUCAUACAACGUCUCAUUCGUCAAACUCGUCUUCAACCAUUCGACUCACCUCAUCGUCCUUCGAAAGAAGAGUUAUUAAAAGCAGCGAACGGAUGGUAUGAAAGACUGAGAAUUCGGUUAAAGUGGUUUACGAUAAGAGGAUGGAGAAGGUUUAACGUGGAUGAUUUGAGCGCUUUUGCAAGUUGGUUCGUCCUUGGAAAUACUUUAUGGAUAUUGAUAGGAACGACUACGUUCGUUUCUGCUGUUUUAUUCACUUUGAAUAGUUUGUCUUUACAGGAAUAUGUCGCAAGAUGGAUAUCUGAUUAUCUCACUUCAGAAACAGGUGUGACUGUCAUAUUCGAAUCUGCUAUAGUACCAAAAUGGGGAGCAUCCACAAUCACCUUCCGCAACGUUUUCGUCUCACGUCGACCACGAUCCUCUCCUGGUUCUUCCGAUCGAGAUACAGGAUCUACCGAAAAUACCACUAGAACCCUUACAUCCGCAGUACCUAUCCUCACCAAUAUAGUCUCCCCAGAAACAUAUAUUUCCGUACCGCCCGCACCUGAAAGCGAGAAUUAUACAAUGUUCGAUGUCAACUUAGAUGAGGUGGAGGUGACUCUGAGUUUCAUGAGAUGGUUAGAUGGGAAGGGUUUAGUGAAAGAUGCUAGGGUGAAAGGUGUCAGGGGUGUAAUUGACCGCCGUUCGGUAUGGUGGGAUCACAACAAAUCCCUCGUCCCCGCGGACUUCCGACAUCCCACACGGAAAGGCGACUUUGAACUUGAAUCUUUUCAGGUGGAAGACGCCCUCGUGACGGUAUAUCAACCUGGUGGCCAGAGACCAUACAACGUUUCCGUGUUCAACGCUUCGAUAGGUCCAUUGAGGAAGAGAUGGUUGUUCUACGAUAUCAUGAGUGCCGAAGCUAUCACGGGGCAAUUGGACAAUUGUUUGUUCAGUCUACACAUGCCUCAGAAGCUUGGGAAGGGAAAUGGGGAGGAGAGCAAGAUUAAGCGUAUGGCCCGCUUCCGGAUAGAUGGUCUAGGUAUCGAACACGCUCAAUACGCUACUGGUCACACUGGUCCUGUCUCAUGGAUCACCUCAGGUCGUCUUGAUGCCGUACUAGACUUCAAAUUCCCAUAUCACCCAGAUGACGAAGUCGACUUCAAAGCGAUCUUUGACCAGAUCGGGCGGAAUGUAGCUACCAUCACUCAAUCUGGUGUACACCCUGACAACGCUCUCGUCUCGACCACAAACACUGCCAUUGAAGCCGCUUCAGCUGUCAGUUCUGCAAGUGAACGACUCGCACCUGGUCAAGCUAGACUCGCUCGACCUCCUCUCCGCGCACCCAGUCCUAACGUCACAUCAGGACCAGAAGAUGAAAGAAGACAAGUUAUCGUGGAUAUCGAUCUUAGGUUCAGAGAUCUCAAAGCUGCUGUACCUGUUUUCACUUCGGAUAUAAGUGUGAAGAAUAACGCUAUCAUGAGACCCAUUGUUGCGUUUAUCAAUGCUAACAGAACUCUGGUGCCUAUACAUUGUCAAGUCGCUGCGGAUCUGUCUGACUUUGAUGGAUCCUGGACUUUAUUUGAGACUGGCCUCACAACGUCCAUCUCGGAUCAAAUAUACGCAGCACUGGCUUAUCACGUCUCAUCGGAGACCGCCAACUCUAAAAGGAUGCGUCAAGUCGGUUUCUGGGGAAUACAAAGAGGAACAGAGGUGUUGUUGGACACGUUGAGGACGGUGGUGGAUCCUGUUCACGCGCAAUUGGCAUGAGAUCAUGAGGGUUUUUUGGGGGUUAGAUGAUUAUGAUUUUUGUUGUGAUUUUUAGCAUAGGAUUUGAAUGCACCCACUCCAUGAUU